CCAUAGCUGAGGUAUUCAAUCCUGCACUCAAUAAAAUCCAGAGAGUUAAAGUACAGCUGCCUGGAUUGCCACAAGAGCUUUUGAGGAUGCGCAGAGAGAAGAAUGUGGACUUUGCAGCUCAUCCAAAGGAAGCGAACAUGGUAGCUGCAAUACUUGAUUUGUUGGGUAAUUUGGCUUUGCCAUUGAUAUUGCUUGGAUCUUUGCUGCUGAGGACUUCCUCUGGAAAUACUCCUGGAGGUCCUAACUUGCCUUUUGGACUUGGCAGGAGCAAAGCUAAAUUUCAGAUGCAACCAAACACAGGAGUAACCUUUGAGGAUGUAGCUGGAGUUGAUGAAGCAAAACAAGAUUUUCAAGAAAUUGUUGAGUUCCUAAAAACCCCAGGAAAGUUUGCUGCAGUGGGGGCAAAAAUUCCAAAAGGAGUACUACUAGUAGGCCCACCGGGCACUGGAAAGACGCUCCUUGCCAGAGCCAUUGCCGGGAAAGCAGGAGUCCCUUUCUUUUCACUCUCUGGAUCAGAGUUCAUAGAGAUGUUUGUAGGGGUGGGGGCUUCAAGAGUGAGGGACUUGUUCAAUAAGGCGCAGAUGAACUCGCCAUGCUUGGUUUUCAUCGAUGAGAUAGAUGCUGUUGGGAGGCAGAGAGGGACCGGCAUUGGUGGAGGAAAUGAUGAGAGGGAACAAACACUGAACCAGUUGUUGACAGAGAUGGAUGGGUUUAGUGGAAACAGUGGAGUCAUUGUCAUUGCUGCUACUAACAGGCCUGAAAUUCUUGAUCAAGCUUUGCUUAGGCCUGGCAGGUUUGACAGACAGGUUACUGUUGGACUACCUGAUGUAAGAGGAAGAGAAGAAAUAUUAGAAGUACAUAGCAAGAACAAGAAGCUAGACAAGGAUGUUUCUCUCAGUGUCAUUGCCCUACGAACACCAGGGUUCAGUGGUGCUGAUCUAGCGAACCUUAUGAACGAAGCAGCCAUUCUUGCUGGUCGGAGAGGCAAAGAUAAGAUUACAUCAAAAGAUAUUGAUGACUCAAUUGAUCGGAUAGUGGCAGGGAUAGAAGGAACCAAGAUGACAGACGGGAAGAGCAAGAUUUUAGUGGCGUAUCAUGAAAUUGGGCAUGCCAUUUGCGCAACAUUGACUCCGGGCCAUGACUUAGUACAAAAAGUCACCUUGAUUCCUAGAGGCCAAGCCCGUGGGCUCACAUGGUUCAUGCCCAGUGAAGAUCCAUCUCUGAUCUCCAAGCAACAAUUGUUUGCUAGAAUAGUUGGAGGUCUGGGAGGUCGGGCAGCAGAAGAAGUAGUUUUUGGUGAAUCAGAAAUCACUACCGGUGCAGCAGGGGACUUGCAACAGAUCACUCAGAUAGCAAGACAGAUGGUAACUAUGUUUGGAAUGUCUGAGAUUGGACCGUGGGCAUUGACGGAUCCAGCAGUACAAAGUAGUGAUGUGGUACUGAGGAUGCUAGCAAGAAACUCAAUGUCAGAAAAACUUGCAGAAGACAUUGACACAUCAGUACGCAAUAUUAUUGAUAGUGCGUACGAAAUUGCUAAGACUCAUGUAAGGAACAAUAGAGAGGCAAUGGAUAAGCUAGUGGACGUGCUAUUAGAGAAGGAAACCCUCACCGGGAAUGAAUUUAGAGCAAUCCUCUCGGAAUUUACUGAUAUCCCUUCUGAAAAUAUGAACAAAAAACCAAUCCGAGAGCUGAUUGAAGCCUAACACAACCUUUUGAGUGUACAGUCAUUGAGAAAAAGUAGUGCCACCAAUACAAUAUAUGUAUAUAGUAUCCUAGCAUAGUAUAAAUGGAAAACUUGUCUGAUAUAGAAACUUGUACCAAACAUAUUAUAGUCCUAGCAUAGUAUAAAUGGAAAACUUGUCCAAUAUAGAAACUUGUACCAAUCAUAUUAUAGAAAGUAUUUUACAACUGACAUUCAGAUUCAUGUAGUACUUCAUUACAUUACGAGGACUUCUAGAUCUCCUUCA